AAAAUGGCGGACGAAGAGAGGAGACAAGAUCAAAAGAAAGCAGCUAAAUUUAAGGAGAAGCCAAAAUUUCGUUGGAAGAAGCCAGCAAAUUUACUUAGAAUUGGAAACAGAGAGAAGGGCCACGCAUUUGCUGAGAAAAGGAAGAAGAUGGCUCUUAAGGAAUACAAAAAGCUACUAAGGAAAACAAGGGAAGAAGAUGAGAAUCGUAAGUCAGGAGACAACAGAGGUAGUCGUCCACUUUGGGAACGUCCAACACGUGUCGCAAAUGUGAAUACUACUGAAAAGAAAGAAACAGAAAGCCAGAGAGUGCGAAGACCAAAUUCUCAAGAGAAGCGGAAACAAGUCAACAAAUUCAUGGCAGCUGAAAAUGAUUUUAAAAAAAGGAAAAUGGAAAAGGAACAGAUGAUUAAGGAAAGGGAAACAAUGAUAGAAAAACACCGAGAGGAGGUUCGGGAAAAGAUGAAAAAGCGCAGAGAAACUUUUGGUCGGUUGAAUCGACGAACAAGGAAAGGCCAGCCAAUUAUGGCCAACCAAAUUGAACAUCUUCUCGAUAAGAUUCAAUCUUAGACUUAAAAGGCAGCUAUGCAAUGAACCCAGAAAGGGAAAAUCAGAGGUGAAUGCUACCCUAAAGAAGUAUUGAUAUCCAGUUUGAAGGAAAUUUAUUCAACCAGUAAAUUAUUUUUGGUAUGGAGAUCGGCGACCGUGUGGACACUAACUGGAGAGAUUUCAUCCUGAGCAGCCAGUGACGUUUAUGAAGAAAUAUUUUUUGAAGCUAUAUCCUCUCUGGAGAGUGGGUGCUAUACCUUUGAUUAUAUUUUGUAAGCUGUUAAAGAAAGCUAACUUUUGUUUCAUCGCCCUUUCAUGUAUAGUGGAAAAUUUGAAAAUUUAUCAAUGUUUGGAAGUCCCGAUGAUUAUAUUUGAUUUCAACGCCGAUACCCCUUUGAAAUACUCACGUGUUAAAAAGCAAUGCUAUUGUCUUACGUGUGGCGGUUCAUAGCUAUCAGUCAGUAAAUACCCCACCCAAGAACUUGCCAACAACAGCGACACAAUUAUGUACAUGUAGCUCAGGAAUACUAAAAUGACAGACAUGUAUAUUGUAGUGUUUAAUCAUUUUAAAUGGAAUUUAAAGACGUGUGAGCCACUUGUAAAGUGCAACUUAAAGGUUUCUUGCAAUAUGAAGAGAAAUUACAAGAAAUCACUACACGAAA